AUGUCAUCCACCGGAGUCGCCAUUGCAGCAUUGAGCUCAUCCCUCUGCAUAUCAUCAACACCAUCCCCUUCAGAUUCACUGCAACAGCUCAACAAUCCAAACCAAGCGCAGUCCUCAGAUCCUUACCUCCGGCAUCCCCACGCCCUUCCCCCGUCUUCUCCUUCCUCUCCAAGGACCUCGGUAUUCCCGACAAACCAGUUCCGCAAGCGUGGAGAACGCCUUGGUUCUGAAAUCGAAGUACCUGGAGAGCCUGGAUCUGACGGUGGAGGAGGCGUUGGCGGUGAUGUGGCGGUGUUCGGCGAUUUUCACGUUCAGUAUCGAGAACAAUUUGAAAUGAGUACUUGGUCGGAGAGAUGGAGAAAGACAGGGCAGAGGAGACGAAGGAGUUUCUGA